AUGCCCCUGCCCCUGCCGCCCGGCCGGCAGGCUGCCGCCUCGCCGCCGCCCCUACCCGCCGCCACCGGCCCGCUGCCGCCCCCCGCCGCCGCCCCUACCGGCGCGCACGCCCACCACAGCCCCCGCCGUCCCGCCCACCACGGCCCCAUCGCGCACGCCCACCACGUCCGCCCCUGCCCGCCGCCACCAGCCCGCCGCCGCCCCUGCCCGCUGCCCCUGCCCGCCGCCACCGGCCGGCCGGCCGCCGCCCCCGCCUCCGCCCGCCACUCGCCUUGGCCACGACCGUCUCGCUCGCCACGGCCGCCCUCGCCCGCCACGGCCGCCCCCGCCCGCCCCGCCCGCGAGAAGACCUGCAGGCACUGCAGCGCGGCAGCCACGGACGCUCGGCGGCGUGGCGGUGGUGGUCACACGUUUCUCCAGCGGGGCUCCAUGGCGGAAGCAGUUGCAAUUUGGUGA